AUGCCGUGCGAGAUCUUCGACACGCGGGAGGCCUUCUUGCUGUACUGCCAGAACAACCACUGCCAGUUCGACCAGAUCCGACGCGCCAAGCACUCGUCCAUGAUGGUGUUCUGCUCCAACUGCAAGACGACUUUGCUCAGUGGCAACCGAUGGAACUGCUCGAUCUGCCCCGUCUUCAAUCUUUGCGAUGCGUGUCACGACAAGACCAAGCACGAGCAUCAGCUGCACUUGUUCAAGGUGGUGCCCAUCCCGCGACCUGGAAACGAGGUCUCGAAUGAAACUGUAAGCACCAAGGUCAAGGGUGUCGUGUCCAAGGCUGGAGGCGCAGCAGGACGCGCCAUUAAGCGCGAAGCAGGCAGUUUCGAUCUCAAGCGCGCGAAGCAUGCCAAGGAGGCGGGAAAGACUACCAACUCUCGUAAGCGUAAGCUGCCUCAGGGCUCUCCAGUCACGACACCGACAGCUGCAGCGGUAAAGUCGGAGACACCGACACCCCCAGCGGACGGCUUAUCCUCAGCGACGACAGCUAGCACUGCGACUACUGCAGCUCCGGCGGCUAAUGGCUCGAAUGGCAACGCAGCGGAUGGGGACGCGGCCAAGAAGCGACGGAUCCACAACAUUGACCCGCAGCUUUUGCUCCAGUUGGAACACGCGAGCAGUUGUACGGUACCGAACUGCACGUUCUUCAACUGCAACCGCAUGCAGGCAAUGCUUAAACACGGCGCGAUAUGUGAGCAGCGACUGGCUGGCCCGUGCGUCUUGUGCAAGCGACUACGCGGCGUGCAAAGUCCCUCGCUGCGCCGACAUCCGCCGCCAUUUCCUCGCGCAGGUUCAGGCUCGGCAGCAGCAACUCCAGCGCGCACGACAGCAAGCUAA